CAGAAAUUGGAUAUUUACUAUAAUGCUUGGACUGAUUUAAGUUUUGAUCAAAAUGAUCAACAACCUGUGUCUGACACUCUACCUAUAGAAGAGAACCUACCAACUGAGCAAGAAGCUUUACAAUCUAUAUCUAUACAAUCUUACAAGACUAAGGAUACAGAUGAUACCCAAGAUCCAUGGGAAAUAAUUGAAGAAACUGUAAUUGCCUCUGGCCAAGCUCUAGAAUAUGAUAAACUAUCUGAUAUAUGGGAUCCUGAUUCUUUUGAUGAGGAGAGCCUUUAUCCAAUUCCCAGAAGAAAUAGAGAACCUUCUACCUACCACAUUAAAGAUCUAAUCAAUAUUAGAUUAAAAUAA